GGGGCGCGUAGAAGGUUCUGGCAAUUGGAGCGGUUGUUGGGGGGUUUCGGUGGCUCGUGCCUAACGGUUACCGCCGCUACCGCUGGGGUUAUUGUUUCGCCAUGGCCCGUGGGAACCAGCGUGAACUUGCUCGCCAGAAGAACAUGAAGAAAACUCAAGAACAGAGCAAAGGAAAAAGAAAAGAGGAUACUUUGUCUGCUUCUCAGAGGAAACAAAGAGAUUCUGAAAUAAUGCAGCAAAAGCAGAAAGCAGCUGAUGAGAAGAAGUCUCUUCAAACAGUUGCAAAAUAGUUUAUGGCUACAAAAUUACCUAAAUAUGCUGCAAUGCAUCUUGAAAUAAUAGGGCCUAAAAAGACAUAUUUGUAAAAGUGGCCAGCCAUUAAAUGGUUAAUGUUUAUCUUUUCUUCGCUCACUUGUCCAGUAUGCAUUUAUUUUAGAACUUCUGGUUAGUAUAGUGCAGUUGCAGCUGACUUGGCUUUAAUUGAAUUACUAGAAUCUCUUCCAAUAAAAUUGGAUUCUUAAUUCCCUUUGCAUGUCUAUUAGUAAUGGUAGCAGUAGCUUGGCUGCAGUUUUCAUUGUUACAAUGUUAGCUCAGUAAAUGGCUUGUGUAACUGUACCAGUUAACAAAUAUGCAGGUAAACUGGGGAUCUUUAACAUUCAGAGAUGGUAUACCUAAAAAGCCCAGUUCUCUGUACUUUCCAAUUUGUAAAGGUCAGCUGUAAAGUUAUCUAAAUUAUUUUUACAAUAAAAAUGUUGCAUGAA